GUUUCCCCAUCUCUAGCCACUAUACGAUCCAGCGGAAAGAGAGCGGCUCGAGUUAAACAUUUGAUCGUAGCGGUAAAUUGCACUAAGAAAUUGUAUUCAAUACAUAUUCUGCGGCCGACAAUAAACAAUAGCGCGGGUGGUCUGCUCCAAAAGUUAAACGGAUUAACUAAAACUGCGUUGUGCUUGCCCGAAUCCCAUAUGAACAAAGCCGAAAGGGAGGUGCGCGAACAAAGCUCUUGCCGCCAAACGUGCAGCUGACGAAUUCGAGGGAAUAAACGUGCGCAAUUAUCGCCCGGUAAUAGUCGGAUUUUGCGUAUUAGGUCUCUGGAAAUGGAAAAGUCGCCUGUCCACCCAGUUUCAAUUUGACAUUCUAUUCUACUAUUACCUUUUGUUCCCUGUUUCGCUCCCGUCCCGUUAGUUUUAGCUUUUCGUGUCUCUCCUUGUCCUUCGUCGUGAGCAACGCGUCGCCUUCGUGUUUUUGUUCCUUGUGCCGCGACAGUGCGGCGGUGCAGCUUCCUUUGGUGGUGCGAUCACCUGGUCUGCGAAGAGACGGCGGUUAGGGAGGUUCACCCGUGACUAAAUUAUCAAAGUGUGCAAAUCAUACAACAAAAAAAUCAAAACCAAAAAAGAAAAUCAUUUGGAGUUUAAUCAAAAGCAAGAUUUGUAUCUUGGACUCAAAAUUAAACGGAUAACAACAAAGUCAAGAGAGCAAGCUUCUACAUCCUGCUCACCGAUUUGUAAGUUAAUUGUGGUUGGUUUAAACAGUUGUGAGCAUGAGAAAAUUUGUAAGUUUGCACUACGAGGAAAAAGAAAACGUAGCGACCAUGAUGUCCUGCCCCCUUCCCAUGCAAUUACCAAUACCAAUUCCUUCAAUACACAAAUCAGAAUUUGCACCGGUUCACAUUGGAGUUAAGCAAAUGCAAUUGUUGCACGCACCGCCGUCCACGCAUCCGCAUCCACAUCCGCAUCAGCAUCCGCAGCAUUCGGCAGCCUCAGCCGCCGCCUAUCAGGCCAUGCAGGUGCACCAGCAACAACACCAACAGCAGCAACAGCAGCAGCAGGCGGCCGUCUUUCACCACCAGGUUGCAGCCAUUGCCGCCCAGCAGCAACAACAGCAACAGCAGGCGCAAGUGCAACAUCAGCAACAACUGCAGCAGCAGUUCCACUACCAAGCCCAGGCUCAAGCUCAAGCGCAGGCCAUGCUGCAGACGUAUAUACAGCUUCAGGUGAACAGUGCUGUAGGUGUGACCACCGCCCCCGCCACGCCUACCAAACCGGUAGCCGCCCAGAUUCCGGGCGCGAUCUCCGGACCGAUUGCAGGUCCGGUUCCUGUAUCUGUGCCGACACAGUUCUUCACGGCGCCGAGCACUCCAUUGACCAUCAUUCCGGCGGCGGCGGUGGCCUCGUCAGCCAUGUUCGCUACCGCGGCCACGCCCACUUCGGCGGCCACCACUCCGACCAACAAUGUAAGGAUCGACGAACAGUAUAUAUAUAAACUGAACUAUUUGCGCGGAAGCGACGAACUUUUGAGUCAAGCAGCAGUCAUGGCGCCCGCUUCCGACAAUAACAAUCAGGACCUGGCCACAAAGAAGGCCAAACUGGAGCCGGGCACCGUGCUGGCCGGCGGAAUUGCCAAGGCCUCAAAAGUCAUCCACUUGCGCAACAUUCCGAACGAGUCCGGCGAGGCAGAUGUGAUUGCCCUGGGCAUUCCGUUUGGACGUGUGACCAACGUGCUGGUGCUCAAGGGCAAGAACCAGGCGUUCAUCGAGAUGGCCGACGAGAUCUCCGCUACGUCGAUGGUGUCCUGUUACACAGUAAAUCCGCCCCAGAUGCGCGGCCGCAUGGUCUACGUGCAGUUCUCAAACCAUCGCGAGCUGAAGACGGACCAGAGUCACAACAACUCGAUCGUCCCGAGCGACUACCGCAUCCAGUCCCCAGCGGGCGGAUCGCCUCUGCCCCUUUGCGCCGCCGCCAACGCGUCCAGCAACAAUGCCAACAGCUCAGGCGACAGCAACAGCAGCGCCGUGGGAAUCUUGCAGAACAACACAAGCGCCGUAAGUGCGGCCGGCAACAACACGAACUCCGCCGGGGGACCUAAUACAGUGCUCCGUGUGAUUGUCGAGUCCUUGAUGUACCCCGUCUCGCUGGACAUUCUGCACCAGAUCUUCCAGCGCUAUGGCAAGGUGCUGAAGAUUGUCACCUUCACAAAGAACAAUUCAUUCCAGGCCCUCAUCCAAUAUCCGGACGCCAACUCCGCCCAGCACGCCAAGUCGCUCCUGGACGGGCAGAACAUAUACAACGGCUGCUGCACGCUGCGCAUUGAUAACAGCAAGCUGACGGCGCUGAAUGUUAAGUACAACAACGACAAGUCGCGCGACUUCACGAACCCCGCGCUGCCACCUGGUGAGCCGGGCGUGGACCUCAUGCCCACCGCCGGCGGACUGAUGAACACUAAUGAUCUGCUGCUGAUCGCCGCCCGGCAGCGACCUUCUCUCACAGGUGAUAAAAUAGUCAACGGCCUGGGCGCCCCGGGAGUCCUGCCGCCCUUCGCCUUGGGCCUGGGCACUCCACUGACCGGCGGCUACAGCAACGCCCUGCCCAAUUUGGCCGCUUUCUCGCUGGCCAACAGCGGCGCCCUGCAGACGGCCGCUCCUGCAAUGCGAGGUUACUCGAAUGUCCUGCUUGUCUCGAAUUUAAAUGAGGAGAUGGUCACGCCUGAUGCUCUCUUUACCCUUUUUGGUGUAUACGGCGAUGUGCAACGUGUAAAGAUUCUGUACAACAAGAAGGACUCGGCACUCAUACAAAUGGCGGAGCCCCAGCAAGCUUAUUUGGCCAUGUCUCACCUUGAUAAAUUACGUUUAUGGGGAAAGCCGAUACGUGUGAUGGCAAGCAAACACCAGGCCGUCCAGCUGCCCAAGGAGGGCCAGCCGGACGCAGGACUCACACGUGACUACUCGCAAAAUCCGUUGCACCGCUUCAAGAAACCGGGCAGCAAGAACUACCAGAACAUCUAUCCGCCGUCGGCGACACUGCAUUUAAGCAACAUUCCGUCAUCCUGCUCUGAGGAUGACAUCAAAGAAGCUUUCACCUCAAACAGCUUCGAAGUUAAAGCAUUCAAAUUUUUCCCGAAGGACCGAAAAAUGGCACUGCUGCAACUGUCGUCCGUGGAGGAGGCUGUUCUGGCACUGAUUAAGAUGCACAACCACCAGCUGUCCGAGUCGAAUCACCUGCGUGUAAGCUUCUCCAAGUCGAACAUCUAGAAUCCGAUCCGAAGUCAGGUUUACUGAACCUGACUAGGUGCCUCCGGCGGGUACAGCUACAUGCAGAUGCAUCAGCAGCAACACCUUCAGGUCUAUUGGCAGCAACAGAUACAAACUAUAAUCCGUAGUACAAGAAGAAUGCACGCAAACUUCUACUGAAAUGGCACACGCCAGAAGCACUACCCACCCAAUCCAACAGAAUAAUCAGCGGUAACAAUCGAUGCAAGAGCUAUACCAAUUUUAAUCAAUGCAACUCACUCUAAGAACUGUUCUGUUUUAUACACCACCCUCCAGUGGGUAAAGACGAAAACAAUUGAGGAAUCUUACUAAAUUGAUAGAGAAAAAGUCAACUUCAAAUAAAUAUAUAUUUAAAUUAUCACGAAAAUAGCAUUUCAAGUUAUGGCACACGCAGACAACAAAACAAACAAGCAACCCACAAACUAACAAUCAGCAACAUCGUAACGUAAGCUUAACUUUAAACCUAUAGUUCGUAAGAAAACUGCAUUGCAUAAAAGAAAACAAAACAAGAAAUAUAUGAUGAGUAGAAAAGAGUUAAGUAUGUUUAAAGUAAAGAGAGAAAGAUCGUAACUUAAAAUAUUUUUAGUGCACUGUACUGUGUUUUGGUUUUAAAAAACGACAGAAAGUCAAAAACAUACGAAGAGAAAAAUUAUGUUAAAAAUGAAUUAAGGCAAUGUUUUAUUAUGUACAUGAUGCUGUUAUUAUAUUUUAAAUGAAUGCAACUUAACUUUAAUUUUUUACAAGUGCGCAACUUCAAUUGAAGAAAUAGCGUACACGUAGCUCAUAAAUGUUUUAAUUUUGCUAGACCUAAAAAGUAAGAAAGUAUUUAGAAAAACGGUCCCGAAUAAGCACAUCGAGCCCUAAGCAGAUUGAAGUAAAGCAAGGCAAUGUGAAAUAACGUUAAAUGGAAUUUAAGAAAAUUGUAUUAAUUUUAAUAAACCUAUAUAAAUCAA